CCCCCCCUUCUUGGGUCGUCCUGCUCUCUUCAUUCUUCAGGAUAAAUUCAGUUUCUCCCAGCUCCCCGGUAACUCCAAAAUAGUGUUUAUUAUACCUUCCUUGGCGCAAUGGUGGUGUACUCCUUCUACAUCUUCGACCGGCAUGCCGAAUGCAUCUAUAAACGGCGCUGGCUACCGCGCCCAGCCUCCGUGGUGGGCAGCAAAUCCUCACGGCCAACUUCCGAGGCGUCGGCUCCGGGCCUCCCCACGACAUUAGGUCAAUCGGCGCGCACCACCGACGACGAUGCCAAGCUCAUCUUCGGGACGGUUUUCUCCCUGCGGAACAUGGCUCGUAAGCUAGGAGGCGAGGACGAUAACUUCGUCACGUACCGGACGAGCCAAUACAAGUUACACUACUACGAGACCCCGACCAAUAUCAAGUUCGUGAUGCUUACGGAUCUUAAAAGUCCAAGCAUGCGGGUUGCCCUCCAGCAGAUCUACAUCAAUCUCUACGUCGAAUACGUGGUCAAGAACCCAUUGUCACCCGUGGAGCACCCAGGUGGAAUUGGGGUGAACAAUGAGCUCUUUGAAGAGUCUCUGGAACAGUUUGUGACUCGUGUGCUGGCCUGAAAUCAGGAAUCUACAUGAUUACUUAACUCACCCAUGAACCUGGGUUGCAAUGUGACUCAAGCUCAUACCACGAAGCUUAUCACAGAGCGUCAACGUCGGCCCAUUCUCCAUCCCGCGUCUAUAUGACUACAUUAUAUCGUCAUACAGCCGAUAGACCGGGUGCGGCGAGGAUAACCCCUGGAUCCUUUCGCCGAGACAUGCUGCAAGCUUAUCCAGCAAUAUAUGGAUUUGGGGAAUUACUUCAGCGCAUAUUGCAAAGCCCCGAAUUAAUGGAGCACCCCGGGCCGCCUCGCACUGACACCCGGUUUAGCCAGGAACAGUCUGUCAGUAAUGCAGGGAUCAACGAUUUACGAGUCAUGUCUCUAAUUGAACCACUACCUACUCCCCUCAGACAAUACUUUACAUAAUAUAUAUAAUAUCAAAUCAAAUCAAUCCUAUCCUCAAUAUCAC